GUACAUGUUUGUCCAAUCUUCGCGUGGAGCAUUCUGAUUGUCCAAAUGUGUCAUAAAAUUCGCGCGCAAAUCAGUUCGUUUGGAUCCCACAAGAAAUUUAAAUAACAUUUCAUGUGUGAUGGAGAGUAGUGAAUUUGAUUCCGAAAACCAAACAGAAAGAAGCUAUCAAACAGAUUUGCGUUACAAUGGUUCGGAAAACGCUGGUGCCGAGGAGCUUGAAGACGAUGAAGAGGAGAUACAAAUGUCCUCACAAGAGGUAUUGGAAGCCCUUCAACGUGCGUGGAUAAAUGAAAAGUUUGCCCCCGAUGUGCUCCCUUAUGAAGAGGCCUUGGUGGAGAUGGUCAUGAUACAGCUGGUGCACAUGGAAGAAAACCUUGCCACAGCAAACAAGAAUGAUCUGCUCUAUAUCGUGCAUCGGAUGGAAGUAGAAAGGAUUCGAUUCAUAGUGGCCAGCUAUCUGCGAUGUAGAUUACAAAAGCUAGAAACAUACGCCUCUCACAUUCUUGACGUUGAGUCUAGCAGACCGCGUAAAUCUAAACGACUGUCGGAAGCGGAGCAAAAGUUUACGCACGACUUCCACGACAGUGUGGAAACGCAUUUUCAAGAGCUGGUCACUCGUCACAUGCCACAAAACCAUCAAGACGAUGAACGGGCACGUCGAGUGGCACCAAAUUUGAACACCCACGUAUUCGCUAGAGCAAGACAAGACGUUGGAGAAUAUUCCCUGGCGGGCGGUGAACACUCGGUCAACAUUCGUGCCGGUGCUGUACAUUUGUUCAGAUAUCGCGAUAUUGAACCACUGGUAAUAGAAGGACAGCUGGAACUGAUUUGAUGCACGCGUUCUGCCGACCUGAUUUGUCAGUAAGUUCUUUCCCAUUCGGAAGGUAAGCUUUGCAUGGUUUGUUUGUAUUGCACAAUGUCGUUACCAUGGUUACGUUAGGGUCGCUACGUCGUUGCGCUCAACCUUCACAUUAAAGGAAACAUAAGCAUCUACGAUGCACAUUAUUGCAAGUGAUAUACAUUUUGUCGUAUUCAGAGAUGAUAAUAAAGCAAAGUGGUAGCAAUACAUAACGAAGUGUCGCAAAACCCUCAA